AUGUGUAUUCGAAAGCCCUGUUUUAGGUUAGAGAUAGAUAACUUCUCUGAGAAGGAAGAAUACAUAGAGUCUCCGACAUUCGAGAGUGGCGGAUGCGAAUGGUAUCUCUCCCUUUAUCCAAAGGGUGAUCACUGUGAUGAUCACUUGUCUUUGUACCUGAACGUUGCGAAUACUCAACUAUUGCAAAGUGGAUGGAAAAGAAGGAUUAGUUACUACUUUAUCGUGAUGAAUCAACGCCACAAAGAGCUCUACAGAUCUUCAAGGCUUGGUGGACACCCUUUCUGUGCUGAGAAUCCAUCCUGGGGGAAGCAAAAGUUCUUGCCUCUUAAAAAAAUUCAAGAAAAAGGGUUUCUGGAGAAGGACAGACUCAUCAUUCAAGUCUACAUUGACAUUUUAGAAGCUACAGAUGGAAAAGAUCUAGAUGUGUCUCGGAUCCAACAACGCUUACAGGAUCUUGAGUCUGGUUUCGUGAAGAACUGUUUAGAGUUAAAAUCUAAAGAGAUUUCAUUGAAGAAGAAGGAAGCAGAUGCUGACGUGUCUCUGGUUAAAAAACUUGAGGAACGAGUGAUUAAACUUGAGCUAAUGAAUUUGGAUUUGAAGUUAAAGCUUGAGGAAGUUUCCUUGGAGAGAAAGAAAUCAGAUGAUGUUAAUGGGUCUCGAAUCCAGCAACAAGAGGAACGCAUCAAGAGCCUUGAGAUGAUGAUGUCAGAUCUCAAAGUUGGUCUGGACAAGGAGAUGGCCAACUCUUGUGCUGAUGGAUUUUUCUUGGUCGACGAUAAUGAUGUUUUGAUGUAG